ACAAACGAAAAAAUAUUACGUCUGCAUCUGAAAAUCUUUUUGCAUCAGUGCUAUUUUUUGGCUUCAAAUUAGAAAAAAUGAUUUGUUUGCUUUAAUUGCCAUUCAACACAAGUUGUAUUUUACAAUAAAACUUGCAUUUUUCUUCUGAGUCUUGGCGAUACGCAUCGUAGUGUAGAAGUGUGAAUAAUAGAAACUUUGUUUUUUUAUUAACUCAAAAGAAAUUUGGAAGUUUACUUGCGCUACUAAUGAUGAAAAACUAUUAAAAAUAAGUAUUCCAAUCAACUCAAACUGAGACACUAUACAUAAUGCCAAUGGAUAAGGACGAAACAUUACCUGCAUCAUCUAAGACGAAAGAUGUUAUGUAUACCUUAAGUACUUAUGAGGAUAUGCCAAAUACCAGCAGCAAAUCGGUGUCCCAUGACCCAGCUGAUUAUAUUCAAAAGGCUAGGGUAACGAAGGCGGUUCCACCAAAACCGGCGUACGACCCUCUUCAAUUUGUGCAAUUAAAGCCCUGCAGUUUAGUGAAAACUGCACAGGAACAAAUAAAAAAAGCAGAAAACGUUAAAAAGGUUCAAGAAGAGAAGAAGGAGGAGCCAGAAGAGUGGCAAUGCAAUUUGGAUAGCUGGAAAUCCUCCAGAAGGAAACGAGUCGAGCACAUCAUAGAACGUGUUGUUGAAGUUAAGAAAAUCGAAUUGGAAGAGCAUGAUAGAAAUCGACGAAAAUCAAAAACAUUUAAUGAAAUGAUGGAACAAAGAGGAUCCCGACGGAAAUAUUUACCCAUUUACACGGACGAAGAUAACAAUGACCUAACUGAAUUUGGAUUAGGGCCAUGCGAUAAAAAUGCAACAUCAAAUGAAACCGAUACAGACACAUCAACAAGCAAUAUAAACGAAAACAAUAAUACUUUAUAUACAAGCCCAUCUAAUGCUACUGAGUACAAUGAAUAUACGGAAGCCAUUGAAGGUUACAAGAGCAGAGUGUCACGAGCAGGUCAUCUGAAUUCGAAUCCGAAAACAGAGUCAAGCUUAAGUGGGAAUGCAAACACAGUCUUCAUCAGUAAUGAUAAAAUGUUAAAUCUGAAGAGAUUAUAAAAUCAAGUGAACAGCCCAGUUUGGUUCCCAAAAUAGAUUUUUUAAAAAGAAAAGAAUUGUUCGAAAAAGAGCAAUGUGCGCCAAAUAGCGGAAGUGACAUAAAGCGACAAUCUGCUGAAAUCAUGAGCACAGUUAGCAUA